AGGAGGGUCGCCCCGCGCGCCAAGCCAAGCCAACCCGUCCGUGUGCCGGCGAAAACGCUUCCAGAGCACGUUGCGUGCGACUCGACGUAACUCUUCCGCGCCGGCAUCUCUUUGCGAGUCUUUUGGGGACCCCGGUGCUUCCAAGUAUUUAUUUGAGAGCGGUAGAAAACCGCCCGCCGGAUUGUGGCUGUGGACUCAUUUGUGGUGUUGUGUAGACGAACUUCCGCGUGGCCGGCGACAGUGCGCGCGUGAGGCCGGAGGAACACGACGGGUACCGUGUCGCCGGCGUCCUCCUCCGUCAUCCCUUGCGCGGUGCGUUCGACAAGCUUGUUCGCUCGCUCCCGUCAACCGUGUUUGCUGUGCUGGUGUCGGUAGUUUUCGCUACCUCUCCGGACGUCGCGUGUCUUCGCACCGUAGUCUAGGAUGUGAACUGCGCCAGAACAAGAACCCUAGUAGAAGAAGAUCGGUUCAUACGAACAAGUGAACACGUGACGCUCGAAGCAACGUUCAUCAUCCGAAAGUGCCCAGAAAAGCGAAUCUUUCUUGGAACUGCCAGUUAACUUUUAGGGAGUCGUUCUAGCGCUUUCAAGAAGAAGAGGAAAGAAGUGGCAGAUUGUAUUUCGGAAGAGCAGAAACUUGCCGGGAGAAGGGGAGUCGUUCCGGCCGAACCGAGGUUGUGUGCUACUGUGUGGCGAAAACCCCGAAGUACAAACUCCGCACGAAGUUCCUUUCGAGGAGCGGAGGGAAGGGAGGACUGGGCCUGUUCGGCAUUCUCUCUCAACAUUACACACUCCGUGCGCCCUUCACACCUCUGGUGCUGGUACUGUGUGCCGCUCGUCCGUCGUAGGGUUUUGAGCGAGGGCGUCAAGCCCGUGUACUGGGCCCGUGCAUUGACGAUGCCCGUGGUCCCGAAGCCCUCGGCGUCAGCAUGAACCGCCGUCGGCUAGACACGGCCACAACCUUCAAGAAGGUCAAAAAGAAGGGCGUGCCUUUUGGCCCCCCUCUCUAAGAAUCCACACGGAAAAAAGUUCAUCAGCCUCGCAAGUGAAACGGUCAUGGAUGCUCCGGAGACGGUUCGUUCUUGAAAGUGCGCGAAAGGAAUGGGAAAGUGAAAGUGUUUUGACCUUGAUCGUCAGUGAAUUGUGGUUCGCAUUUUUUGGAUAUACUGUCGGAACAGUUGAACGACCGCUACCGGAACGGGCGGAAGCAGGAACGUCGUACGGUGCACGCAAGCGGCGUGACCCAGGGCAUACAGGAAAGCCGAGAAUCAAACCUGUCAGUGGCCCGGGAAGCCCAGGACCAGAGACGACAUACAGCAAUGGAGGCGGCAGCAACGUCAACCUGACAAGAAAGCCGAGCCUGUCAAGAGCAAAUCUCUCACUGACUGCAGCCAGUGUUUCGUAUGAUGGAAGAUGGAUCGCUGGACCUCAGCAGCCUGCGCGAGUCGGACUUCGAGCAGCUGGCCGUGUACCAGGUGCGAGACCAGGCCUGCGAGGAAGGCCUGUCCAACAGGGCGGAGGCCUCCCUGCCUCGCAACCUGCUGCUCAAGCCCUCCCAGACGCUCAGUGACGUUCUGGGCGUCUGGAGCACGGACUACAUCCCGCGAGGCACACGGUUCGGCCCCUUGAUGGGCGAGGUGUACCGCAAGGAUGAGGUUCCCGCCAACGCGAACCGCAAGUACUUCUGGCGAGUGUACGACGGGCCCGAUUCGUUCCACUACGUGGACGGCUUCGACGUCAGCAAGGCCAACUGGAUGCGUUACGUGAACCCGGCCUACUCGAGCGAGAACCAGAAUCUGGUCGCCUGUCAGGUCAAGCAGGACAUCUACUUCUACACCGUCAAGCCCAUCUACCCGAACCAGGAGCUCCUGGUCUGGUACUGCCGGGAGUUUGCGGAACGACUCAGCUACCCCGUCACCGGAGAGCUUAUGCUCCAGAGGAUACGGGAGCAACUGCAGCCAGCGGUCAAGGAUGACGCCUACUUCUCCCGGCCGCACCAGCUGACGCCGCCCGAGGGCAGCACUCGCAGCGACGAGGGCUACCACAGCAAUGGCGGUCCUGAGGACGGCCUCACGCCUCCCGAGGACAGCAGUGACAGCGACAGCGACAACUAUGUGCUCGACUUCAGCGUCAAGGCCAAGCGCAAGCAGCCGUCAACCGGCGGCAGCGACAAGGCGGAGAAGCGAGACGACAAGUGCGAGUCGGUCGCCGUCGUCGCUGCCGAGCAGCAGCAGCAGCCCGACAAGUCGUCGCAGAACGAGUUCCGGAAGGUCAAGAUCAAGAUGCCCAAGGCGUACCACUACCGCAGCGGCGGGCCCACCACGCCGCCGCCCGCGGUGGUCACCACCAGCGACGAGAACCCGAGGCCCAACAGCUCGAGCUCGCCGGACGCCGCCUCACGACGGCACGACGACGAGAAGCGACUGGGCGCGCUGCACGAGCCAGCCAGUCCCAAGUACGCCAGCGCGCCCCGGUUCACUGAGGACGUGCUGGAGCGUAGCGCGAGCUCGGCCUUCUCCACCUACGAGGGCAUGGGCCAGAGGAUCUCACCGCAGAGCCCCAAGGGUCCUCCGGCUCCUGGCAUUCUCGAGAACUUGCUUCUGCAGCGGUACCAGGAGCGCGCCGCCGCGGGCCCCGAGGCGCCCGCGUUGCGCCGCGAGUCGCUCAAGGAGCCCGUGCGGGUCAUCGUGUCCAGCGACGUGUCGCAGCCGGCCGCUCCGGACACCUCGGGCGAGGGAGGCCACCAGCCGGGGCCACCGCCGCCGCUCGUGUUCCCGCACAAGAAGAGCAUCCGCUACCACCCGGGCAGCAGCAGCAACGGCGGCAGCCCCGAGAUGCACAGUCCCGACUCCACGGACAAAGCGCACCAGCAGCCCGCCGUGUCGUCUGCCGUCAGCCCCGGCUACGGCGUUCCGGGCUCGGCGCCGGCGAACUACCUCUACAUGAACGGCAUCGCCCCCAUGUUCUCGCCGGCGCACUUCAAUAUGUACGCGUACUCCGUUCCCGAGACUGUGCACUCGUCGCUCGCGUCCCCGUCGGCGGCCAUGCCACCCUACCCGAAGUUGCCCGAGUUUGGCGGGCACCAUGGACCUCACCACGCGAUGCUGCCCAUGUCCGCGGAGAGCGGCAAACUCCCGCCGUCCGGCGGCAGCUCGCCCGGAAGCAACAGGCCCUACUCGCCGGGCUCCAACCCACGGGGUUACCGGUCGUUGCCGUACCCGCUCAAGAAGAAGGACGGCAAGAUGCACUACGAGUGCAACAUCUGCUACAAGACCUUCGGCCAGCUGUCCAACCUCAAGGUGCACCUGCGCACGCACUCCGGAGAGCGACCAUUCACGUGCUCCGUGUGCGGCAAGACGUUCACGCAAUUGGCCCACCUACAGAAGCACCACCUGGUGCACACGGGCGAGAAACCGCACCAGUGCGACGUCUGCAAGAAGCGCUUCAGCAGCACCAGCAACCUCAAGACGCACCUGCGGCUCCACUCGGGCCAGAAACCGUACGCCUGCGACCUCUGCCCAGCCAAGUUCACCCAGUUCGUGCACCUCAAGUUGCACAAAAGGUUGCACACCAACGAGAGGCCGUACACUUGCCAGACAUGCAAGAAGAAGUACAUCAGCGCCUCGGGUCUGCGGACGCACUGGAAGACCACGUCGUGCCAGCCUAACAUGGUCCUGGACAUGGAGCUCGACAAGGGUCCCAACGGCUACGACUAUGGUCCCAUGGAACUGUCCCCUCCGCCGUCCCAGGCGAUGGAGAGGCACCCCGCGGGCCUGUCUCACCACGGGCUCGGCCCGGCCAGCCCCGGCGACGAGUACCCCCCUGCGUUACACCACGCGCCGCCACCACCUUCAAGCAAGGAGAGCGACUACCCGUCACCCUACCACCGCUCCGACCGGCCCAAGACGUCGGUCAUCAGCAGCGGCCCGGCGUCGCCCGACGACGACCUCUCCAAGAAGUGCCACCCGACGCCCGACAGAGACAAAGAGUGACUGUGCGCGCCUGCGUGCGCUUCUCCGCGCAGAUGGUUUGUGCGCGAACUCUGUACAAAGCAAAACUCAAGUCAUGGGCCCGGGUGGCCAUUCUCACAAAAUCGCGCAACGCGACGUCGGGCGCGCGCGUGCUCGGUAUCUCUCUCUCACCGGUCUUUGAUCGAGACCGUAUUUAUUGUUUCGCGCGGCCGAGACGCGGGGGGCUGCGGGCCGGCCGGCCACUAUUUCCAUACACAUUCCAGGAGCGGCGGUGCGUCUUGUUUCCGUGGAGGAAGGGAAAGAACUUAGGAGGGAGCUUGACUUCAGGCAGCUUGACUCGGCAAAGCCAACAUCCUCUAUACUCCUGUGACGCCGCGUCCCCCUACCCUUCUCUUACUCGCUUCGGGGGACAAAUCGGCGCGUUGACUCUUUGGAAUUGGGCCUUGCGCGUGAUUGCCGAACCGUUCGUGGCCGGUACUGGAGGGAAAUCUGACGCUAUCGUUCAGAAUGAAGUCAUGGGAAUAAUGGGCGUAACAAGUAUUUCGGUGAUUUAGCACUGACCUCGUUGAGAAAGCACACUGCACUUCGUUUUUUGUUGCGGAGCAGUGUUGCCUGGUGUGCCUCAGUGAAUUUAUUCAGAGCACUUAAGCAUUUUUACCAUAGAAAAAAUUUUUAUCGCGUUUUCUCCUGAUACAAAUGUUAUCAGAUACUAAACGAGGCUAAUCUUUGCCAGACAAGCGAAAAUUGCGAUGAAGAGUGAUCUCCAAGAAGGUUCGCACGAGAAUCCACAAUUUUGCCCAGGCCAUUAAAAGUGCGAAGUUUAGGCAGCUCUUUAGAUUGCCCAACUUUCCCAUGCUGACUCAACAGGCACACUGACGGUGCACGCUGACAAUAACGUCAGGUUUUCCUCCAUAGUAUUAUUACGAAACUGUGGUUCAAGGUGUCGUUUCCUUCGUGGUAGCUCUCAGUGGCACUCGUGCCACGGAUCGGCCCUGGGCGCGGUUAGGGUAGCCUCCGUGGAUGGAAUUUCUUGCCUCCGUGGUAGCCACUCUAUCCACACUCUUUACAACCUGAGCGAGGCGGCUAGGAGCUACCACUGGCCUGUCACGCGGAAAGGACACAUUUUUCCGAGAUCGUUCCUUCCUUAAUUUUAUCGCUAGGCUUCAAAAUUGUCACGUGAUGCUCCCUCCUAGCUUUACGAUUGUUAUAUAAGUAUUUCUUUCCUUCCUCCGUGCUCGUCUCGUCUCUUGACGGCCCCAAUCCUCUCACAAUCUUCGUGCAACAUCGACAUCAUCCACGGAUCGUAUACAGUUCGCUUCUCUUGCUACGCAUCGUGCUCAACGCGAUCGUGCAUCGUGCUCGCUCAGUGCGACUUGGUUCCAAUCAAAAAGCGCCACUCGAGGCGGUUCUAGAAGAGCCAGUUAUCGAAGUAUAGCGAAGUGACCAGGCGCUUGAUAACGCAGACCUAGGAAGUGAUCGUGUGGGUGGUGUCGUAACAUACACUUCCUCGGGGUUCAUCGCUCGCUUCCGUUGUUUUUUCCCCUUCCCCCCUGUUUUUUUAUGUCAAUUUCCCCCGUGCACACGCAGUCUGGGAAAUCGCUGGCUGCCGGUCAGUUGGCGCAUGCGCACCAUUCCGCUCCUGCCCAUUUUUAAGUAUUCCCACCGAAAGAAGCGAUGCUGUUAUCUGCGGUAUCUAUGAGGUAGUCCUUUGUCUGUCCGCACAAAUCAUGAGCCAUUAAGAUGCGGUCGCUCCAAGCGGAGAAAACCUCGCGCGGCGAGCUGCUCGCGUCCACAGACGCGCCAAUGUUGGCAUGGCUAUCACCGUGGCUAUCACCCUGGCUAUUACCGUGGCUAUCGCUGUGGCUAUCGCGUGGUAGCGUCAACGAGCCGUUGGGAUUUAUCUCCGCGCUCUGGGACCAGGUGGCAGCAGUGCUUGUCACCGCGGCUGGUACCAGCGAUGAUUCCUCGCGGAGUCGCGAGAGGGCGUGCGUUCUUGCCGCGCGUGGUUUACCGUCUAGUGUGGUCGCACCUUUACACUUUUCAUUACGACAACGUGGCUUCGAAUUGAAAAGAUCACCCAAAAUCGAAACAGUUUCGAGCUGUCGCUGACGGUGAUAAAAAGCAAGGAAACUGACGAUAAAGCGUGAGUCCUAUAGUUUGUGAUAGUUACGUGCAGACAAAUUAGAACAAAAAUCGGCCACGGCGGCCGUAUUUUGAUGGAGGUGAAAUGUGAAAUACUCGUAUACUUAGAUUUAAGUGCAAGUGAAAAGAUGUCUUCAGUUUGGAUCAGCUACGGAGUGAUACAAUCUCUCCCUAGAUCUCUCUUAUUGGCACUAAGAAGGAAAAUAACAAAAUGCCCGCAGUAUGUUUAAGUACUUGUAUGAUGACAUGUUUAAUGAUUUAUUCGUGAAACCAUUCGAGAAGGGCAUGUCUUCUCUAAGCACACUCUUGAGGACACCCGAACGGGCUAGUACAAGAAUACGACGCAAAUAUUUCUUGCUUUUCUCACCUUGCUCAGCGAUUGGUCGAUCCCGUCUCAAGUGACCCAGCAGUUACGGCAGUCUGUUUUCUACAAACGUAAGCGGCCAUAUUCUGCGCACGAGUGUUCUCGCCACAGUUGCGAAUCCUCCGUUCCAAUCCUGAAACACUGUGUCGUUUUAAGUGACGAAAGCAAGGGAAAGUUGUCAUCUAGCAUAGUGCAUAAUGAAGCUACAAAGAAUAUUUACGCUUUCUUGUUCUGAGCAAUCUAGUUUUCUUUGUAGCUUCAUACCACAGCGUGGUUGAUGACGUCUUUCCUUUGUUACGAAGCCUUACCCCACCUCACGGGGCUCCGCAGAGUUCAUUGGUCAAUAAAUGUUCCACGCUUGCAACUGUCGAUUAAAUCGCAUUCGCGCUGCCACGUCAUAGCUGCCAAGGCAGAGCGUCUGCCUCCGAAAGAAUGGUGGUGCUAGGCUCCAUUCCCUGGCCAGAACGAAUUGUUUGCUUGAAUUACGAAGCUGUAUUUCUGACGAACCUGUGCUGCUUUCCUUUGUAGAUUUACGUCACAACCUUCCUCAUUUCUACUUAACCUUGCAGGGUUCCGAAGAAAUUGUUUCGUAAAUAACGAAAACAUAAAAAAAUAAAAACAGCAACCGCUGCAGCCGCACUUCGUGUAUCGAACGGGUGGGCCUUAUUAUUAUUUUUUAUUUUUCUUUAGAAUUUGAAAGUUUACCUCACGCGAUGAUUACAUUUUCUCUUUCGCGAUUUCGACUGCGCGGUAUUGCAUUUCACAGCAUGGGGAAAGAUGAAAGGAACGUCCCCACCCGAGGUAUUUAUUGUCACAAAACACGCUUGUACAUAUAGUUGAGAAGAAGAAGAAGAAAAAAAAAAACACGCGCGGGAGUCGUGUGUGACGGGCAUGUGUAAAUGUCGUUCGUUCAAGCAGUGCGGACAGACACAGAGACGCAGUUUGAGCGACCCGACAAGGGGCGUCAAACACAUUCACACAAGAACACUUGCACAGCAUUUCACGUCUCCAACAAACAAACAAAACAACACAAACCCCCAAAUGUUCUUGCGCCGUACUACGUGUGAUCUUAGUCCUUGUCUCGUGAGCCAGCUCUGGCCGAUAUUAUAGUAGUAGUAAUCGUCGUACCUUGGAGAUAUGAUGGGUUAUUUAUCGUCCUCGACAAAACAGACUGGUGGAUCAAGUAUAUUACGCUCGAUAUAUUCCUCCCCCCCCUCCCCCACUUUUCCCUUGCCCCCGUCCUUUUUAAAUCGUCAGAUAUAUAAUAUAAAAUAUUUUUGUUCUCUCUUACGCCGCGCGUAACCGUGUUCGACACACGUUCUGUUCACGCCACCGCUCUUGGUCAAAAUUAUAUAUAUAUCUCUCUCUGUUUCUCUCUCUGCCAUCUCGACGACACACAUCAGAAUAGCGAGGCGAGUCCGAAGAAAACCGCAAUGAAACAUUCUCAACAGGCAGCAACACGUCCAUAGCAACCGAACACCUGGUUACAGCACACUGUUUCUCAAAAGUGAAAACCAAAGCUCGAAUUAUGCUCUCUGGUGCCAUCCUCUCUUCUUGACAACGCUCUGUUCGCUCGAAACAUUGCUUAAUUUGUCAUACAUUUGACUGAAAAUAGAGCUGUCGUUACAUGGAGACAAAGUCGGCAUUGGAUCCAAGGGAUUUUUGUGGAUUGGUUUCCAGUUUCGUCUUCAACUCUUCGCUGCUGGUACAGUGAUGACCCGGUUCGCUACGAUCAAGGCCGAAGAAAAUGAGCCGUGAUGUUUUGAUCUUAAUUUAGGCCCGCCAUGCUUCUGUAGACCUAUAUUCGAUGCCUUAAUGGACAAUGGACAAAAGUAGGCCAUUCAAUUCAAAUAAAAGUGCAAGAAAUUUACUGAUCCGGGUUGUCGAUGUUAGCACUUCAGAAGAAUAGGUGACGUGUUGUUCGCCUGUCUCUACCAGAUUGCAUGCCUGGCUUACCUUUCCCGGAACACAGACUUACUAUAGGUCCAGUUCUUGCCAACAUCCCCGACACCUGUGUUCGACGUAAGCACCUUGCAGUUUGCAAUGACGUUACUAUAACUGCUAAAUGGUUAGCGAAGACGAUGCAGUUGCAAGGGUUAAGCUUACAGAUCUCGUAUGUACAUUCCUCGCCUAAGACAUUUUUUUUUUGAAAAGUGCAAUUGACAAUUCGUGUGCCGUUAUUAUUUUCUUUUUUUUUUGCAUUGUCUGCAUUUCUGGUUAGCGUCUUGUCGUCUGUUCGUCGUUAAUAAA